GGCUUUGGAAACUAGGAGCGCUGUUUGAAAUGAAGGUUGUCCUGUCGAUUAUUGCGUUUGCAAUAUUUGUUCAUCAAGGACAUGCCUUAAAGCCUUCAGUAGAGAUUCUAAAAGUUUACAAGGGUGAUAAUGUAUCAAGUCAUCGGUGCUUUUAUAUUUCACAGACCGGAAAGUUGGAUCCAUUCCUAACAACGACAAAACUGGAACUGGUCAAUUUUGUAUCUACUACUAAAGAUCAUCCUCAACCAUCAUCAUCAUCAUCACUGGCUGUAUCUGUUAUGUGGAAUAAUUUUAGUGAUAGAGAAAUAUUAUCAAUCAAUCCACAGCUUCUAAUUAUUGUUUAUGAUGGGGAAUUAAAUUCAAACUUAAAAGUUAUAUUUGAAUCACAUGCAUGGGAAGUAUUCAAAAGAUCCAACUUAUUUUUGGAUAUCGAUCAGUUUAAUGAGAUAAUUUAUAGCAAGCGUUCUAAUCAGUCUAAUAUGAAUAUUUCAGUAUCCGUUUUCCCAUUUAUUCCAAACGCUAUGGCGUAUAAAUUUCUAAUUUGGAUUUUGUUGUAUGGAUUUGCUGUGACUAGCAUCUCAUUGGGCUCAUGGAUAAUUAUUGUUAACCAUGAAAAACUGUUACUAGAUUACGCUAGACAUCAAAGUUUGCUACCAAAGUUCAAAUCUUCUUUGUAUUUAUAUAUUAUCGUGUGUUUGGUAAUUUCUGUUACACUCUUGUUGCUAACUUACUUCCUGUAUGAUGUAGUAGUAUAUUUUCUAAUAGCACUGUUUGUACUGGUAGGCGCAAGUUCAAUUUCGAAAUUCCUUACAUUUGUUAUCCAACGUAUUGCUCCUGCAACAACCAAAACGAUAACAAUUAAUGUAAAAUGUUGUCGAGUUAUUAGUCCCAGAAAAAUAUAUAUUCUUUCUCUAGUUACUUUCCCAAUCGGUUUGGCCAUAGCUACAACGUGGUUGGUAUUUCGUAAUAAUGACAUAAUUGGUUGGCCUUUGCAAUCUGUUAUCGGGAUGUUUAUAGUGGCAGUGAUUAUUUCAUCUGGGUUGAUUAUACCAUCAGUCAAGGUUGGUACACUUUUGUUUACUGCAUUUCUGAUCUAUGAUAUAUUCUUCGUAUUUAUUACUCCCCUAUUCAUAUCAACUGCAUCAACUAAUGUCAGUCAUUCCUCUGAGCAUAUCCAACUUACUAGAACACGACGUUCAACUGCUCAUAGUUUUAUGGAAGCCGUAGCAACUGGUUCAGCAGGUAAAAGUGGAGAACUGAUACCGUUAUCAUUUCGUCUAGUUAUCAAUGAACAUAUAGAAGUAAAUAAACACAAUAACGCGACCAUGCCAUAUGCUUCUCUUCUAGGAUUCGGUGAUGCUGUUAUUCCCGGAAUAUUUAUUCAAUUCUUGGCAUUCUAUGAUGCAUGUUGGCGUGCUCCGUACUAUCGACACUUUUUAGGUGGAAUUUUAGGUUACUCACUUGGUUUCAUAGUUACCAUCAUUAUGUUAAAUGUUACUAAUGUCAGUCAACCAGCUUUAUUGUAUCUAUGUCCAUUUACUCUUCUUGUAACCUUCAUUGUUGUCAUCGUUUGUGAUGGUCUAAAUGAAUGGAAACUAAUGUGGUCAGGCAGUUUGCCUACAUUGGUCGAUAAUACAAAUAUGAAUCCGACUGGCGAUAGAGACCGGGUUAAUCAACCAACUGGUUCUUUAGAAGUGAAUAACCUAUAUUCAAUUGAAAAUAAAUCGCUUAACCAUUCAAAAACUCCACUAGUCCCUGAGCAAUAAUAAUAAUACUCACUGAUAUAGUAUUACUUAUACCAAAAAAAGAAAAGGAACGUACUGUGGCUUUUAUUUCUUUCUUAUCUUUGUAAAUGCUUAUUUUCGUGAUGACUUUGUGAUUACAUCCGCAUUUUUAUUUGUAUUUGUGUAUGUGCGUUUCAGACCUUUUAUUCGUAAUGCUAUAAAUGAUAGUAAUCACC